UGACGCCUGGGCGGGGUGGGCGGGCAGGCGGCGGCGGCGGCGGCCACUGCGGGAGCAGCGAGGGGUCGCGGGCGCCUCACGGUCGCGGAGCCCUCGCUCGGCGCGCCGCUGCGGCCAUUUUACGGCCCGGGACGCAGGCGGCGUGUGCGCGUUCGCCUCGCUCUCCGUCCCCGGCGCCAGCGGCGGAGAGCAGCCUCACGGAGAUCGGCGCGGCCGGUGGAUGGGGAGUCGUGUGCCGAGGGAAGCCGGACCCGGGAAGCGCCGCCGCCGUCGCCGCCGCCGCUCACGGACCCCGGUAGGAGCCUGAGGAGAAGCAGCCCAGGCCGCGGGCCUCAGCGCCUCCCGUCCGCCCGAGACAGGCCGGGCCGCGUCGACCAGCUUUUGUGUGGGGACCCGGCCCGGCGGGGACAGCGUCGCUCGCGGACGGCCGAGCCCGAGGCCCGCCAACCUGCGGCUGCUACCCUCCCGCCGCGCGGCCCCUGUUCCCCGCGAGCACGGCCGCGGUGCCGGCCAUGGAGUAAGGAGGAGGCGGCGUGGGAAGAGGAAGAUGGCGGCGGGCAAGAGCGGCGGCGGCGCUGGGCAGGCUGCUUUUCUGGAAGCUUUGGCUAGAUCAGAAUCUAAGAGAGAUGGAGGUUUUAAAAAUAAUUGGAGCUUUGAUCAUGAAGAAGAAAGUGAAGGAGAUGCAGAUAAAGAUGGGGCAAAUCUACUCAGUGUAGAAGAUGAGGAUUCUGAAACCUCAAAAGGAAAAAAGUUACAUCGGAGGUCUGAAAUUGUUGCUACUAGUUCUGGUGACUUCAUCUUGAAGACCUAUGUAAGGCGAAACAAGACUGACAGUUUUAAAACUUUGAAAGGCAACCCAAUUGGACUUAACAUGUUAAGCAACAAUAAAAAACUGAGUGAACAUACAGCAGCUGCAGCACUGUGCUCCGGAACCGUAGUUCAUGGCAGACGCUUCCAUCAUGCUCAUGCGCAGAUACCAGGCGUCAAAACGGCAGCCCAGAGCAAUCAGGACCGCAAAGAAAGGAAAGAAUAUCCACCUCAUGUCCAAAAAGCUGAAAACAACCCUGUAAUGUUAAGUCAUGUCCAAGGUGUAGAUCGUAUAAUGAAGAAAACAGAAGAGUCGGAAUCAUAUAUAGAGCCUGAAAUUAAGAGGAAAGCACAGCAGAAACGGCACUGUAGCACCUAUCAGCUAUCUCCACUUUCCCCUGCUUCGAAGAAGUGUUUGACCCAUUUAGAGGUGUCUGAACAGCGUGAAUGUUGCCCAAAAUGUGGAAAAGAAAAAGAAAAUCAGACCAAAUGCCAAAGUUGUGGUAUUGUUUUUAAUAAUGAUUUGCAAAGAAAUUGCAGACAAGCUAUAACUUUGCAUGAAUCCACUGGACCUUUACUAAGAACGUCAAUUCAUCAGAAUUCUGGAGGACAGAAGUCACAAACCACAGGUUUAACAGCCAAGAAGUUUUAUGGUAACAGUGUGGAGAAGAUUCCAAUAGAUAUUUUGGUGACAUGUGAUGCUAGUAGACAUAAUUACAUCCAGACUAAUGGAAAAGUCAUUCUACCUGGAGGAAAAAUACCUAAACUCACAAACCCAAAAGAACGAAAGACAAGCUUGUCAGAUCUGAAUGAUCCAAUCAUUUUGUCCAGUGAUGACGAUGAUGAUGAGAGGACUAGCAGAAGAGAGAGCAUAUCCCCACAGCCUGCAGACUCCGCAUGUUCUUCCCCAGCGCCAUCGACUGGAAAAGUAGAAGCUGCACUAAAUGCAAAUAUUUGCAGAACAGAGCAGGAAUCUAGAAGCAACCCAGCAGAAUUGGAGUUAAACACAGUUGUCAUACCAAGAAAAGCAAGAAUGAAGGACCAGCUCGGCAAUCCCAUCAGCACACCUCUAAAACGUCGCAAAAUAAACACUCACGGAACUUUAAUUCACUCUAUGUCAUUGUCACCACCCCCAAACUUUGGAAGUGUCAUUUUAAACUGCCGAAGUAUACGAGUUGGAACGCUCUUCCAACUGUUGGUAGAGCCUGUAAUUUUUUCUUUAGAGGCAAUCAAGAUACAACUAGAUGGACCAGAUAGUGAUCCUGUAGAGAUUAUUUUAAAUACCUCUGAUCUAACUAAAUGUGAAUGGUGUAAUGUCCGGAAAUUACCAGUAGUGUUCCUCCAGGCCAUACCCUCAGUUUAUCAAAAGCUGAGCAUGCAGCUGCAAAUGAAUAAAGAAGCUUGGAAUGAUUGUAAAGGAAUGAACAGGUUACCAAGUUUAGAAGAACAGUACAUUAUUUUAAUUUUUCAAACUGGCCUUGAUCCUCAGGCAAAUGUGGUCUUUGAAAGUAUCAUUACUGACAUUGGUAUAAAGAAUAAUGUUUGCAACUUUUUUGCGAAAAUUCCUUUUGAAGAAGCCAAUAGCAGACUUGUUGCCUGUACAAGAAGCUAUGAAGAAAGCAUCAAAGGAAAUUGUGUGCAAAAAGAGAACAAAGUGAAAACUGUGUCCUUUGAAUCUAAAAUACAGCUCAGAAGCAAACAAGAAUUGCAGUUUUUUGAUGAUGAGGAAGAAACCGGAGAGAGCCACACUAUCUUCAUUGGCCCUGUAGAAAAAUUGAUAGUGUAUCCACCACCUCCGGCUAAGGGAGGCAUCUCUGUUACUAAUGAGGACCUGCACUGUCUAAGUGAAGGAGAGUUUUUAAAUGAUGUUAUUAUCGACUUUUAUUUGAAAUACUUGGUGCUUGAAAAACUGAGGAAAGAAGAUGCUGACCGAAUUCAUAUAUUCAGUUCUUUUUUCUAUAAACGCCUUAAUCAGAGGGAGAGAAGAAAUGCUGAGACAACUAACCUAUCAAUACAACAAAAACGUCAUGGGAGAGUAAAAACAUGGACCCGGCAUGUAGAUAUUUUUGAGAAGGAUUUUAUUUUUGUACCCCUUAAUGAAGCUGCACACUGGUUUUUGGCUGUUGUUUGUUUUCCUGGUUUGGAAAAACCAAAAUAUGAACCUAACCCUCAUUACCAUGAAAAUGCAGUCAUGCAAAAAAGUUCAGCUGCAGAGGACAGUUGUGUUUCUUCUGCCAGUGAAAUGGACAGUUGUUCACAGAACUCUUCUGCCAAGCCUGUGAUUAAGAAGAUGCUAAACAGAAAGCAUUGCUUAACGGUAACUGAGUCCAGUGCUGGACAGGAAGAAAGUGAGCCUUGUUAUCGGAGAAACACAUACAGUGUGAAAUGUAGUGUGAAAAAAAAAAACCAUGCUAUAAGUGAAAACGAAGAAUCAAGUAAUGGAAAAUCUGCAUGCCAGGAAGUUAUUGAUAGAGCUAAAAGUGAGAAUGGCCUACAGGAUGAAUGUUUAAAUUCUAUACAUCAUCCAGAUGCCUUAAGUAAAAUCAGACUAAACUACGGUGAUCAGUCAGCUGAAGGUGGCAAAAUGCUGGAAGAUGAACUCAUUGACUUCUCAGAGGAUCAGGACGAGCCGGAUGAUAGCAGCGAUGAUGGACUCCUUGCUGAUGAAAACUACAAUUCAGAAAUAGGACAGUGGCAUUUAAAGCCUAUUGUCUGUAAACAACCUUGUAUUCUCCUUAUGGACUCACUUAGAGGCCCUUCUCGGUCAAAUGUUGUCAAAAUUCUAAGAGAGUAUUUAGAAGUGGAAUGGGAGGUUAAAAAAGGAAGCAAAAGAAGUUUUUCCAAAGAUGUUAUGAGAGGUUCCAACCCAAAAGUUCCGCAGCAGAACAACUUCAGCGACUGUGGCGUAUACGUACUGCAGUAUGUAGAGAGCUUCUUUGAGAAUCCAAUACUAAAUUUUGAGCUCCCUAUGAAUUUGGUGAACUGGUUUCCUCCCCCCAGAAUGAAAACAAAAAGAGAAGAAAUCCGAAACAUAAUUCUGAAAUUGCAGGAAGAACAGAGUAAAGAGAAGAAGCUGCUGAAGGACACUUUGUCAGCAGAAGCCGUAGGGGAAGGAGCAGAGCAGUAUGCCAGCAGUGUCUCAGAGUGACCAGGAAGCUGGGACUUUAGCUUCAGAAAUCACAUGGCAUUCAACUUUGGUUAUAGACAGUAAAGAGCUGAAGUGCUCACUACUCAGAGAUUUGGGGAGGGUUAAUGCUGUAAAAAUGUCACAUAAGUAAUUUCCAAAGGAUUAUGUAUUAAGUAAAAGUCUGUAAAUAUGUUAAUGAGGCCAAUUUUUCCAACAUUUAUAAUUAUUUUUUUCACUUUUAGGAAACCUUUGUUAUGUAUUUUCUGUUAAUAAUACUAAAACUGCAACUUCUAAACACAAAUAAACUAUUUAUAGGAGGAAACGA